GCGCGAGCCGGGGCACCGGGCGGCGGCGGCGGCGGCGCGCGCCAUGUCGUUCAGUGAAAUGAACCGCAGGACGCUGGCGUUCCGAGGAGGCGGGUUGGUCACCGCCAGCGGCGGCGGCGGCGGCUCCGCGAACAAUAACGUUGGCGGGGAGGCCUCGGCUUGGCCCCAGCACCCCCAGCCAAGACAGCCCCAGCCGCCAGCGCCGCAGCAGCUCAAUGGGCGGGGGGCCGACGAGGAAGUGGAAUUGGAGGGCCUGGAGCCCCAAGACCUGGAGGCCUCUGCCGGGGUGGCCGCCGCCGCCGAGGAAACCAAGGAGUUGCUGCUCCCCCAAGACGCGGGCGGCCCCACCUCUCUGGGCGGCGGUGGCGCAGGGGGCCCCCUGCUAGCGGAAAGGAACCGUCGGACUCUGGCCUUCCGAGGCGGCGGCGGCGGCGGGGGGCUCGGCAACAAUGGCAGUAGCCGCGGCCGGCCCGAGACCUCGGCGUGGCCCCUGAGGCAUUUCAAUGGGCGAGGGCCCGCGGCCGUGGAGCUGGAGCUGGACGCGCUGGAGGGGAAGGAGUUGAUGCCAGACGGCGCGUCCCUGAGCGACAGCACCGAGGACGAAGAGGAGGGGGCGAGCCUGGGCGACGGCAGCGGGGCGGAAGGCGGCAGCUGCAGCAGCAGCAGGCGGUCGGGCGGCGAUGGCGGGGACGAAGCGGAGGGCAGCGGAGUGGGAGCUGGCGAAGGAGAGACUGUCCAGCACUUCCCGCUCGCGCGGCCCAAGUCCCUAAUGCAGAAGCUCCAGUGCUCCUUUCAGACCUCCUGGCUCAAAGAUUUUCCCUGGCUGCGCUAUUCCAAGGAUACUGGCCUUAUGUCUUGCGGCUGGUGCCAGAAGACCCCCGAGGACGGGGUAAGCGGGGACCUGCCUCCAGUGGGGCACGACGAGCUUUCGCGAGGGACCCGCAACUACAAGAAAACCCUCCUUCUGAGGCACCACGUCUCUACUGAGCACAAACUCCACGAAGCCAACGCCCAGGAGUCAGAAAUACCAUCAGAGGAGGGGUACUGUGACUUUAAUAGUAGGCCAAAUGAGAACUCUUAUUGCUAUCAACUUCUUCGACAACUAAAUGAACAGAGGAAGAAAGGUAUUCUCUGUGAUGUCAGCAUUGUGGUGAGCGGAAAAAUCUUUAAAGCUCAUAAGAACAUCCUGGUUGCAGGCAGCCGUUUCUUUAAGACUUUAUAUUGCUUUUCAAACAAAGAAAGCCCUAACCAAAACAAUACUACCCAUUUAGAUAUUGCUGCAGUUCAAGGUUUUUCAGUCAUCUUGGACUUCUUGUAUUCUGGUAACCUGGUGCUCACAAGCCAAAAUGCCAUUGAAGUAAUGACAGUGGCCAGCUAUCUUCAAAUGAGUGAAGUUGUUCAAACUUGCCGAAAUUUCAUUAAAGAUGCCUUAAAUAUAAGCAUUAAAUCAGAAGCUCCAGAGUCUGUAGUUGUGGACUAUAAUAAUAGAAAACCAGUUAACAGAGAUGGCCUGUCUUCAUCACGGGAUCAAAAAAUUGCCAGUUUUUGGGCAACACGGAAUCUUACCAAUUUGGCAAGUAAUGUAAAAAUUGAAAAUGAUGGUUGUAACGUCGACGAGGGCCAAAUAGAAAACUACCAAAUGAAUGACAGUAGUUGGGUCCAGGAUGGUUCACCUGAAUUGACAGAAAAUGAGUCUCAAGGUCAAACAAAAGUGUUUAUUUGGAAUAAUAUGGGGUCCCAGGGAAUUCAAGAUACUGGCAAAACAAGGAGGAAAACCCAAGCUACAAAGAGAUUUAUUUAUAAUAUACCACCUAAUAAUGAAACAAAUUUAGAAGAUUGCUCAGUGAUGCAGCCACCUGUUGCCUAUCCAGAAGAAGAUUUGUCAUUCAUCAAGGAAGAACCAGAUCUGGAUGGUGCUCUAGUCUCAGGGCCAGAUUGUGAUAGGAAUGUGAAUACAAAUUUAUUGGCUGAAGCCGGCUCCAGUCAAGAUGGAGGUGAUGCUGGUCCUUCACAUGAUUUCAAAUAUGGCCUGAUGCCUGGCCCUUCAAGCGAUUUCAAGUAUGGAUUGCUACCAGGUACUUCAAAUGAUUUCAAGUAUGGAUUGCUACCAGGUGCUUCUAACGAUUUCAAGUAUGGAUUAUUGCCUGAAUCUUGGCCAAAACAAGAAACUUGGGAAAAUGGUGAAUCAUCUCUAAUCAUGAACAAGUUAAAAUGCCCUCAUUGUAGCUAUGUAGCCAAAUACAGACGAACACUAAAAAGGCAUUUGCUCAUUCAUACGGGAGUCAGAUCCUUUAGCUGUGAUAUUUGUGGGAAACUGUUUACUCGCAGAGAACAUGUAAAAAGACAUUCCCUGGUGCAUAAAAAGGAUAAAAAAUACAAAUGUAUGGUGUGUAAGAAGAUCUUCAUGUUAGCAGCCAGUGUUGGAAUAAGACAUGGAUCUCGACGCUAUGGUGUUUGUGUAGACUGUGCAGAUAAAUCACAACCAGGAGGGCAAGAAGGUGUAGAUCAGGGACAGGAUACAGAUUUCCCUCGGGAUGAAGAAUACGAGGGGAACGGAGGUGGAGAAGCUGAUGAAGAGCUGGCUGAUGAUGGAGAAGAUCAGAAUGAUGCAUCUCGUUGGGAUGAAUCCGGAGAUGUUUGUAUGUCUCUAGAUGACUAACUGACCUACUAUACUCCUCAAGGAUGCUGCAUUUGGACAUAAUAUGAAUCAACAAUUUGAACUGUUGAACUUGAAGGCUUGCAAAAUAUGGUACAUGCUGGAUGGUAGUUAUGUUGCUGUGAAAACUGUAGGGUCAAAGCCUUAUAGCAAAAAAAUUUUUUUUUAUAUUUGCACAGGACUGUACAGCAGACAACCUUGUGGUUGGAUUACAUGGAGUCCACACAUCUUCAGUCAGUUAUUAUCAAAGUAAAAAUAUUUUUUAUUUAUAGGAUAUACAGUAACUAUUUGGGUCCUAUGGAAAUAUAGUACCUGUUCUUAAAAAGCUUACAUUCAUGUGCCACUUUAACAUGAAUUAAGAAAAUCCAUUAUUAAGAGUACAGUGACAGCUGACCUAAUUACUCUGUCCAUCAAACCACUCAGGCUAGUUUGUACUAGUAGAGUUUUGUUUCUAUUUUUAUUUUUAUUAAUUUUAUUUUUUUUAAUACAGAUGUUCAGUGAGGGGCCUUUUCAACCCCAUUGGUUCUACUUUUCUGUAUUUUCCAUUUUAAUUUGCUUCAUAACUUAAACCAAGUCUCUUCUAGUCUUAGGUAUUAUUUCUCAAUUUUGUGCUGAUGGGCAUGUUUAUAAGAACUGGAGAGGUAAUUUAUUGGAAUGAACUAACUGACUUCCUCCAUUCCCCUUUUCCUUUUUGACAUGAAUUAUACUACUUUACAAAUGAAGAAUGAUGUUGCAAAGUACCAUGGUGAGGCUGACAAAUACCACUAAAAUGAUUAUGAUUUAGAAGUAACUUUCUCCUGCUGCUCUAAUCUGAUAAAUGGUUACUAUAUGACGUUUUCUGACAAGGCAUUCGGUUUUGGGUAUCUGUUACUUUGGCACUACUCUUGUUUGCUUCUUUUUAUUUUUGCCAGUGUACUAUACCUCAGUCCUAUUUGAAAAGACAAAUCUAAUCGAAAGAAAAGUCAUAGAUAAAAUUAUUUGUUUUAUAAUUUAUCCUUCAUGUCCAGUUUUGGUUAGCUUGUUAUGCAAUAUAAGUGAAAUAUCAGGUUUUUACUCCUGUGCCCUUUUUAUCAUUAAAAUUAACACAAAAAGUGCAUUCUCUUUUGUUUCAUACUUACUGGGGUAUUCAGUGUUUGAAAUUAUGAUAGAUAAUUUAGUUAAUUUAUUUUUCAGUUCCUCGAAGUCACUACAUCUUGAUAUAUAGUCUUUCUAGUAGUCACCAUGAUUCAACAAUCUGCAAAAAUCCUACAAAUAAAGCAUUGAGACGCUUUACAAUUUUUAUUCUGUUAGCUAACUUCUUCAGGGUACAAGGGGGUGAUGUGUUAAGUUGAAAUUGCCAGACUUAUUUAGCCUGAUGACAGAUGAAUUAGCUGAUUGACUCACAGCAGCAUUUCACAUAACUGAUAUUAACAUGCACAACAUUUAUCAGGAACAUUGUAUAUUAUAUAAGAUUGAGGGAUAUCAUAUUUUCAGCUUUCUUUUAAAUAGAAAUUGAGUAUAUUUUCCUAUUUUAUAUCAGGUAACUAAAUUAUGCUAGUCAUGUGGAGAAAAUUGCAAAGUACACUUUGGCAGACAUAAUCCUUUUGGUGCUCCAUCCCAUCAAAGUUGAAAAGAUGAUAGGUUUUUUAAGAGACAGUCUUUCUUAUUGUCUCUGAUUUCAGUAGAAAAAUGGUUUAAUGUUAGACACUGAUGCUUCUGCUUGGAUAAAUCAAAGAAAGAUAAAGUACAGUUACAUGGUUAGAUGCAUCAUUUGUCACCUAAACUUUAUCAUAGUUUCUACAAAACUGAAAAACUGACAUGAAUAGUUUUGGUUUGACUUUUGUUUAAGACUGAAGAGUACAUCUUUUUCUCAAUGUUCUAGACAAAUGAGUAAAAUGUAAUUCUGGUUGGGUCCAAAGUAGAUGUUAGUUGGGCAAAGAUAACUAUGAAUGGAAAAGUAUUUUAAACGUAAAAUGUUCUGCUUUGUGAAUAUGUAAGUAUAGUAUAAAGAUUUCUUUCAUCCCAUUUAUCCCUCUCCUUUAAAAUAAACCAUAGUUUACAAUUGGUAGAUCUGUCUAUAUAUAAAUAUAUAUUAAAGAGAAAAGAUAUAUAUCUAAAAAUCACCUAAG